CGGCCGCCUGGUGUACCGGCCUACAGCAAGAACGCCAGUUAGUGUUAGUCAGAUCACACUGGUUUGACAUGACCGACUUUAAGGCUUGACAUUUUUAGGGACAUACGUAGUAACGGGCAAAGAAGUUCAUUAGGCAAUGGAGGACGUCCUCGCUGAGGACGAGCAAGCCUUUUAUUCUAAGGCAGAACAAUAUUGGAAAGAGGUCCCACCCACAGUGGAUGGAAUGCUCGGAGGUUAUGGCAGCAUUUCUAGCAUUGACAUCAACGGUUCCAAAAAGUUCCUGCAGAAAUUCCUUGGGGAGGGCAAGGGAAAGACUAGGCCAGGCUGUGCGUUAGAUUGUGGAGCGGGAAUUGGCCGCAUCACCAAGCGACUGCUCCUGCCGCUGUUCCGCACCGUAGAUCUGGUGGAUGUGACGCAGGAAUUCCUGGACAAAGCUCGCACUUACCUGGGCGAGGAGGGCAAGAGGGUAGAGAACUACAUCUGCUGCGGCCUGCAGGAUUUUCAGCCCCAGACAGGACGUUAUGAUGUAAUCUGGAUCCAGUGGGUCAUUGGUCACCUAACCGAUGACCACUUGGUGGAGUUCCUGCGGCGGUGUCGCAGUGCGCUGCGUCCCGAUGGGCUCAUUGUGGUGAAGGACAACGUGGCCUACGAGGGUGUGGUGCCCGAUGACGUGGACAGCAGCGUGUGCCGGGACCUGGGCGUCUUGCGCCACCUGGUGGCCAGAGCUGGACUUACAGUUGUCCACGAGGAGCAACAGCAGAACUUCCCAGAGGAGAUCUACCAGGUCCAUACGCUAGCCCUUAGAUAGGAGCUGUGCACCUGAGUGAAAGCUCGAACGUGUUAACAAGAUUGUCCCUUGCUGCCAUUGUCAUUGCAGUUUCAAGUUCCAAGAUGGGAAUGUCACAACAGGAUCAAUAUGUAUCUGUAUCAAAGCUUGGGAUUUUAACAACGGAGAUUUUAGGAGUCCUCUGUGCACACAGACUCCUAUAUACUACUGCUAUCAGGGAUAUUGGACUAUGUCAGAUUACAGUAGUAGGUCAUAUAAGCAUUUAGGAAAUCUAAAUGUCUUUGGCCUAUUUUUUUUAAGAGCUAUGUUUGUGGAAGUGCCCUUGUUUGCAUUCAUUGGAAUGAGACUUGAUAGUGUCGGCCCAUCUGAGAUUAGCCCUACUGUGUGUGUGUGAUUAUGGGACUGAGCAAUAAAACCUUGACGAGUCUAGGAGUAUGUUUUGUACAUAACUUAUUUAGGGACUUAAAAGUAUAUGCACGUAUUGUUUACUGUGAGUUUGCACAGAAAAUAAACAGCUUUGUAGAUAUAA